AUGAACAAAAGAUGUAGCGGUGGAGAGUUGGACGUGGACGCAACGGAGAAGACUGCGCGGCCAGUGGAGAACAUUGCUUUUCAGAAGUGCGCCCCGUCUGGAAAGUACAAGGUAUGGCGCGACUGAUUGAGGAGAGCUUAUAAAGGAUAAGGAGGCGGCGUCUUCUGGUUUGUCGGCAACAGGGACGCCGCUCCUCUAUAUUCCAUGCUCUUGACGAGUGAUUCCAAGAAAAUAGGCAAGCACAGAACAGGGCACCUACUUCGCGCAAUGAGUAUCUUGGCCAUACGAGAUAUUCAACGAUAGACACUCGAGCAACAGCAAACUAUGAGUAUCUUGGUCAUAUUCGUAAGUACUAGACAUUCAACAAUAUUAGAUACCAGAGCACACUCCUCGUCCUCCUCAAUCAAUCGAACCACAGCCAUCCUUCAUAAAGAGUAAUAGUCAACACUUACAAGCAGUUAAACGGAGGCUACAUCGGCGUCCAGCCGAAGGGUUACCCAUGGACCUCGGACGAAUUUAAAGUUAUUGGUGUUAGAGGUCAUUUUUUGAAGGUCGGCGUGUAGUUUAUUGUUGGCAUUUGGCCAUGUUUCUCUGUAUUCUUGACAUUCGUUUUCUUGGCUAGUAGCACUCUGCUUCAUCUAGUUUUCCAAUCCUGAGCCGCGGUGGCCGUGAAGUAGAUGCAUCCCAAGCCAGGCUGCUCCUGCUGUUAUGCGGUCUGACUUUUCUAUAUUAAGUUGACAGUUAUAGUCAAGAAAAGACGAACCCAUCAAAGCUACUUUCAUAUACAGAAAAAUGCUCAGCAAUUAUGUACUUACCAGACGGAGCGCGAACUUGGACUUGCAAAAUUUGGAGCUGGUGAAAGAUGUCCCGUUCCAGGUGUUGGUCAAGUUUCAUCCCGGCGCCACUGUAGAGAUCGUGGGAAAAUAUGUUAAGAUGAGCAUAAAUUUAAAUUACGAGCGCAACGGAGUGACAGCUAAUUUUUUAGUAGAAGCUUUUACGAGCGAGAAAGAUCUGUCCACGGUGUGCAAAAAAUCGGUUAUUUGAGGCACGGUUGAUGGGGGGAACGAGCAUCAGUUGCUUCGUAAAAAACUAGAGAGAAUAGUUUCUCUUUCCCACCCCUCACAUUUCUCAACCCAUUCCCCCUCCUCCACAAUCUAUGCAACAUCCAAGUCAUCUAUCCCAGUUCCUUGGGAAAAUACGUUUGACGAACCGAUUACAUUUCUCACAAGUAUCAGUUCAGACAAGAGCAGUUUCUUUACCGCCAUCCCUCCCGACAUCCGAAGGAGUAGUUCCUUCAUAGUUCGAGCUUUUGCUCUGAAGGCCAGUUGAGUUAGUUGUCCGUGAUUCCAAGACAUGGACCUCCACGACGACGACCUCGAAGAGGCUCUUGCCUCACGGAUCGCCCACGACAAUGCGAGAGCCGCAGCAGCAACCAAUCAACAGGAGCUACGCAAGGCGCUCAUCUCGUCAGGUCACAUCUCCACAAGAUUCCCGAAGAAGCGGAAAAUAUCUCCAGACUACAUCACGGCUCCCAGUUCUAGUUCCUCAUCGUCAGCCAACCUGACUGACAGCUCCCUAGUUUUUCGGAAUCAACUAGUGGACGAAAAAGCCGCAUCCGCCAACUCGCUGGAGAAGAGAGCAGUUGCCUCAUCCGCACGUGAGAGCCGCGACAUAGUCGGAUACAAUAUUCUCACACUUGGAAAAUUACGGCUAACUGCCAUCAAGGAGGAUGAGGAGAAAAAUGGAUCAAAACAAAAACGCAGCAUGUGCGCUUUCGCUGGCGACAAGAGCAGAUUUCAGAACUCGAUGAUCAACAUCACAAAACGACCAGGCGCUCCAGCAGAGGAAGCUAGACUCAAGGCCUACUUCUUAUGUAUGGAAAAACUUGGUUCCCACUCAUCGCAGUUCAAGAAGCCGCUACCGAUUAAUCGCGAGAAGGCGACUGCCUUCUUCACUAGUUUAGUUGGUGAUGCCGACACCAAGUCACCUUUCUACUCGACAGCCGACGAUUACCUGUUUUCCGUUAUCAGCCGACUCCGCACGGUACCUGGAGCUUCCAUGCUCAGCAAUGAGGACAUGAAGUUCAUCUCUGACACAGUAAAACGUGAGUCCAGAAAAGGCACCUUUAACCACCAGCAGGCUGACGGCGUUCUUCUCCAAGACAUCUUACGAGUCUUCCGCGAAGACAACUUCUUCGGUAGCGUAUGCUCCAUUGGCUUCCUAUUUGGCUUGCGAAAAACCACUCUCAUCAAACACGUCGAUGUUGGCGACAGUGGUCAUGGCGACGCUACUACAAGCAGUUGCCCGAUCACAAAAGACGAGCUCGACUCCGACGACGAGUUCCAGCAGGUCGACGAGGUAGACAUCAUCGACGCCAACUUCAGGAAGUUCGACAGCUCCAAACUCGACAAUUCCUAUAAGUCUUUCAUUGGUGAUUUUGACUACAACGACGCCGCUAAGGUCUUUAGAUGCAAGCUUGGUCGCAUCAUCUUAAAGAGCAACAAGAUUAAGCGUAUUUACUGCAACUGCUUGUGUAGCCAUAAUAAACUUUCAGUACUAUGCCCUCAUAACACUCUCCCAAUCAUCCACUUCCCAGAGGUGGACAAGACGGGUUGGCGUAACGAAUUUAUGGAAAACUACGAACACUACUUCAAAUCUUCCCGUUCCCAAGGUCUCAGAAUCGGUUGUCUCCAACAUUUGAUGCAAACCUCUUUACCUCACUCCAGAAUCUCUUGCCACCUCAGAUGGCAGACCCAGAGCAUGGUCGAGUAUUAUAAUAGAUGUAACGAAUACCUCGCAAACGAUUUCAAGGGCUUGGCUUUUAUACCAUAAGUUUCUCAGAGCCUUCCCGAAAAAGUGCUCCUUCAUUUGUGGAAGUUGCGAACUUCCUCUCCCGACAUUUCUGCUUCUUCCAGAGCGUGUUCGCCAGUUGAACUCUGCUCCACAGUUGCUCUCAAUUGGCACAGUGCCCACAGUUCGUCAACACUUGGCAAUGCGGUCGAUAAGUCCUAGUCUCCACACCGAACACUUUCAUUGAUUCUUCUCUCCGGUGCUAGUAAGAGUGUCAGCAACAUUUCGAGAGCGAGACUCACAAGUUGUUUCUGCGAGUUUCUUCACAAGAAAAUCGUCUCCAGGACAAAAAAUCACAAUGGCACACGUCCCCGGCGCGCAAGGAGUUGGCGUUCCCGCGCAACCAGGUGCUGGUGGUGCAGGCGGAGGUGGUGCUCCCGCUGCUCCGCCCCCUGUUGUCGCAGCAGGUGCAGUUGUCGCGGCCGCCGCUGGUGGUGCCAAUCAACAGGCAGUCGCUGUCGCACCCGAUGCUCCACCUAACCUCGACGAAAUCGACAACUUUGCAAACAACAUGAAUGAUGUUGAGCGCAAAGACCGCAUCACCAUCACUUCUUUCCGCCAGUUGAAUUCCCUCAUCCAACGUCGCGAACUACACUUAGCCGGCAACCUUCGUGUCGAAUACACCCAUGAUGGAUAUGGUGCUCAAUUCAAGAAGAAGCCCCAGAAGAAGUCCAUCACUCCUACUUCCUUUGUCAAGUACCUAACAGUCGAUGGGGAAGCUGGCGCCGCAAUGCUACUUGAAGCCCAAGCUGAUCUGAUCUUGCGUGAGUUGCGCAAACGCAUGGAUGAGGAUGCUGGCCCCAAUAUUCCUCAAGACGAGUACCAAGAAAAGAUCAAGGGCUUCUUCUUCGAGUCGCUACAAGAUGGUGAUCGUCACACUCCACAAACUAUUGUUGGUGGACAAGCCACCACGUAUCAUCAACGUUUCUCUGCGUUCCUGGUAGGUCGCGGCGCCGCUGGUUUUCUUGGCAUCUUUAACCAGAAGUGCGAGGCUUGGCGCAAUGUCGUCAAGAUCGCAAAUGACACUGGGGCUUUCGGUCUUACUAAUGGCGACAAGAAGCGUAACAAGAAAUCGCGUUCACGCAGUUCCAGUGUGAAUAGUUCCCGUGGCCGCGAUCGUGAUAAGAAACGACGCCGCUCGAGCCAAGACUCGUACAAAUCCAACGGCUCUAGUACACGUAAUCUCCCGAAAUUGUGCUGGCAUUUUAUGAAAUGCACUCCGUGCAGCAACUCGGAAUCCAAACGUGGAUCCAAAUAUGAGUGCUCUGCUGGUUUGCAUCCGUGCAAGCGAUCCGAAUUAUCUCGUCGCGACUUCGAGGCAGUGAAGAACUCGAAGUUUGCUCGCGAUUCGCUCGCUCGUGUCGACUACUUCAGUUGGAUGGACGGUGACCGCUACCGUGGAAAGCAAUCCACCAACAAGGCAUCCAAGAAAAAUCAAUCCAAGGACAAGAAAAAAUCCAAGAAGUCCAAAAAGUCAUCUUCUUCUGACGAGUUAUCUUCCGACUCUUCUAGUUCAUCCGAGGAUAAGAAGAAGAAGAAGAAGAAGUAAAGCAGGUUCAGAACGGGAGACUCGUCAGGCAUCACACAGCGAGCCACUUGUCGAGUUGGAGAAUAAACUCCACCAUCGUGUUACGAUGUUGUAUCUUUCCAUAGUCAGUUACCAUGUUAGCGAGUAUCUUUUAAAAUUUUCCAUUGUUAAUCUCACAAUCUUGUUGUGCACUUCUUGGCUAGCCAAUACAUUGCGUUGUUUCCAUUUCGUAGUGGUCUUUCUCUUUUGUGAGCUUGGUAGUCUUGUCCUUUCAAUUUAUUUGCUUACGUGUCGUGCGUCCGUUUUACUGUCCAAGAAAUUAUUUCAUUUUCAUUAUUCUUUUGUUCCCUCACCGGUAUAUUCGUCAUUGUCUUCACUUAGCCUCCCAAGUACAUCAGGCUCCCUAACCCUACUCAUAAGUAAACUUCGUUAAGAAGCAUCUUAAGUUUGUCUUUCUCAACCGCGUGCAUUCUGAUGGUCCUUGUUGCGCAGCAGCAACAGUUGAAACCAAAAUCCGCCCCGGAUAUCCUGUUGACACAACCUCCCCAGAUUGUGCUCGCCCUUGGCGACUUGGAACUUGAUUGCACUUUGUCCGUAUCAUUUUCGUGUCUCCAUCUGUGCUUGCUCGCGCAUCAGUUGCCGAGCCUCUCGUGCCACAGUUGCACGUCAUUUCUUUACGAAAGCUACCGAUAUCGGCGUGUGCACGAACGUACGAUCAAGAGCGACUGAGAAGAGUUACUUACGAAAAUGGCGACAAAAAAGGCAGAGAAAGGCGUCGUCAGUCAAUAGAAUCGCAGUAGCAUGACUUGUAUCAAUUUCUUGUCAUCUUGCUUUAGCAUCACAACCUUGGAACUGUUCCUCGGUUUCUCACUCGUCACUCAAGAAAACACCCUACACCCAUCGACGAGUAGGUCGUAGCUUACACAAGUCAGCUUCAGUCAAGAACGACAUGUCGGACCCGGGUGCCGCCGAGUAUCGACGGAAGGUCGAGUUGAUGGAAAAACGAAUUUCCCUUGACCAAUGGAAAACGUCACCUUUUCGUCCAGUUGCGGAAAACUUUGAAGGAGUUGACUUAAGCAGACCUAGAACAUGUAACUUAAAAAGCAUAACUGACACUGCCGUUUCAGAAUCUAUUGAUCUUGACAAGAAACUCAAGACCAAACUUGAUCCCGAUCUUGAGCCUUAUCAUGGAAAAUACAGCCUUGGUUUGCUUGCGCAUACAAUAAAACAGUCAAAACAUCAUGACAAGAAAGUUCCGUCGCUUUUCUUACGCGGCGCCAAGUGCAUAGGACGCUGCCAUGCCCCGAAAGGCUGGAACAAGCACACACGGAAGAGACCUGAUUUAGUUACAUCACCCCUUCCGCGGUCAAUCGACCGGUUUCGAGAAGGUGCUCCGGCACCCAAGUGGGAUAAGGUCGAAAUUGAAGAAGUUCUGCGCCAGACCCGUAGCGAAGUGGAGGUUGAGCCGCUCCUGCGGCAUGCGCGCAUCUCCGAGGGUAUAUCUCACAGCGAAGCGGUUUCUCGCGGUUGGGAAUUUGCUUGGCUACGCUAUGGCGUACAGCAAAAAAGCAAGGUUAGGAUGAUCGAUCCCGCGUGCAGUAAUAACGAACGAUCUACCAUGGAAAGAUCUGUUCCCAUGGCCAGUGCGUCGUCCAUCCUAUCUACCGCCGCUGCUCUGCGCAACCCCGAUCUUGCUGAGCAGAACGUGAUCAACAUGUCACGCAGAACAGUUAAGCGCGGCCGUGCACUAGAGAAGGAAUCUGAGCGGGAGUUCUUGAAGUCCAUCGAAAAGAACACUCCCAUGCCGUCGCACCUAGUUCGCGACUCAGUCCCGCCGGCCACCAGUUGCCGUGCCAGUUCAGUGGAGCCUCCUCUAAAAAAGGCUCGCACUUCUUCCGGUCUCCUCGUUGCACUCCUUAUGCUUGUCAUAGACAUUCACAAGGCGUACAAUACCGUUGCGGUUCGUCCUUCCCACAGGAAGUAUAACAGGUUUGCCGUUUGGGAUCCUGAUGCCGGCGGUGGUCGCGGUGCCUAUUGGUUACAUGAGGCAUACGUCCUCAUCUUUGGCAACGUGCAUUCUGUGGUGGCCUGGUGUAGGAUCUCUGAUGCCCUUCGGUCCAUCAUCAGAUACUACAUCGGUGUCGCCAUCGACGUCUACGUGGACGAUUUCCCUUGUCCGGUUUACGAGGAGUUUGGUCAAAUGUGCUGUGACGCCAUUUUGUACUUCUUCGCCGCUCUUGGUAUUCCGGUGCACCCGGACAAGGUCAACCUAGGCCGCAUUGUGGAAGUCCUUGGACUUGUUUUUGACAUGUCACUCAAGAACCCGAUCUUCUUCAUUUCACAACAACGGCGACAGGUCAUAUCCGCCGCGAUAGACCUAGCCCUCAAGAACAACGGCAUCUCAGUAAAAGAUGCAGAAAAACUUCAUGGGAAGAUCAUGUUCUGCUUCGCCGCUCUUGUGGACCGCCAGUUCAACCCACUAAUGCGGCCACUCACAAACUACAUCAACCUCCCGCCUGGCUCGUCGCAAUCCGCUUUGUCUGAGCCGUUACGCCAGUGUCUUCAAAAUAUCCGUUUCAUCAUCAACGACGUUUCUAUUAAGAAAUGCGCAAAGUUUGAAGACCCGAAGUCGCCGAACACCAUGUUGCACACUGACGCUAGUUUCAGUCAUCGCGCGGGUUGGCUUGCUGCAGUCUUAGUCAUCGGUUGUUCUCGUUUCGCAGUUCGCGUCCGAGUAAAAGCUGACGAUAUCAUAGCAGCGGUCAGAGAACAUCCCAUCUGUUUUUUAGAAGCCAUCUGCCCUGUACUCGCGGCCAUCAACUUCAAAGAACAACUACGCGGGAAGUUUUUCCGCCUCAGCAUCGACAACGAUUCGGCAAAGGAUGCGCUCCUCAAUCAAAAUAGCCCGAAGAAGCAGAUGUCGAUGGCCGCCCUUCUCUUCUGGGCUCUCGUUUCUAGCAUCGAUGCGUCCCCGUGGAUCGACAGAGUUCCCACGGACUUCAAUUGUUCCGAUAUACCUACACGUCCGAAGUUUCUCGAGUUCGUCAUGACGAAUUUCCCGAACUUUUUCACGACAGUGUCGGACUUCAACGACGAAGUCCUCAACCUCCUGAAGAACGCACUCAUGUUGAACGACGUGCACAAGUUCGGCUUGAGCCCCGGCAUUGACAUAAAUGAUUUGAUAAAUGUAUUAGACGAAGUGGAUAGUUGAAUUGUGUAGUUUUUCAUAGUACAGUUUCUUUGCGUAGUGUUUCGUUAUUCCGUUGUGUACUUGCUCUCCCUGUUUCCAUAUCAUGUUCGUGUACACCUUUCUCACGUGAUUUUGUCAUCUUGUCACACUUCUCUCUGGGUUGACCUGGGAUGUCGUUAACAAUUGUUGACAUACUCAUCCAUGUUUCGACGCUUGGUCGUCACUCCAGUUAUUGCUUGCCCUCCACCCUCACUGCUAUGGCAGGCGGGGGACACAGUUAUCACCAACAGUUGGUGGCCACAUCGUGGUGUUCGGGCACUGUCGCGCCAUUUGCGCGCACAGAAACAGUUCACACACCGGGACAGGGUCUUCACAGAGAGAAAAGCUCUAACUAAAAAAUGCAGCAUAGUUUAUAGAUGUUUGAAAGAAGAAGUCGGCUCCAUACACAUGGAGCACGAUGUAGCUGCAACAUGAUAUGACACGAAGUUUACAUCUAUCUCCUCCUCGCAUCAUUCUUUCAAUCAUGGUCAGGGGAUCGCCACCCCCACGCUGUUGAUACUUCAUCUCCUCAUCGAAAAACGUUGCGCAAUGUUGCAGGAUGAAGUAGCUAAUUUCAUUUACAUGUAGAGAUGGAUGAUGAGGAGGUCAUGAGGAAAGUUGGAAACAGGGACGCGCGGAUGAAUGACGAGGAGGACUGUGUAACGCAUCAAAGUAGGCCCACCCACAGAUACUAGGGUGGAAAAGCAGGCGCGACGUCCUCUAAUGCAAGCAAUCAAGUUGCUGGGUCGGCCGCGAUCGUCGAGAACGGUGGGCCAAUUGCGAUGAACGAUGCCAUUGCGAAAGGCAAACCUGAGAAAGCAGGACACAUAAGAUGGACGACGGACGUCCUGGAGUUUACCUAUGCUCCUGGCAGCAGUGAUGAAUGCAAGAUGGGUGAAGAUUUCGCCGAGCUUAUACCGGAAGGCGCUGGCGAUGCCUGGACACAAGCGACGGAAGAAAUUGACAACAAUUUCAAAACUACUACUACUACUACUACGAAGACAAGCCUCAGCGACAGAAAGACGAAACUGGGCGAAGAGAAGGGGCAAGACAAGGGCAACAUCGAAGUCAUUCUAUCAUGGAAACAUGCUUCAAGGCGAGAUCUCGCAGUAGGUUUGGCGGUCAAUGCGUGCUGUCCGAAGGCGCCGGGAAAAUGCCCACCCUCGUUUGCCUAUUCACGGAUACCCAUUGAUGAGGGCAGGAUGCACGGGAAACCUGCGUGCAACUCUGGGAAGUGGAGCAACGUACUUCCGGAUGUGAACGCUGACCAACAUUAAGGGUAAACUAUGUAUAAACACGAAAGCGAAGCUGCGUUAACAUUGUGAAAAUCAAGAAUGUUGCACAUAGCGAACAAAUGCUUACACCUACACGGGAGUCCCCUUAUCUAAGCAUUUCCAUGCUGUUUGAUGUCCGAGGAGUGGUUCUCGGAUAAGAGCAGGGAUUGAUAUUAAUCUUAGACAGUUCGGCAAUUAUGACGAUCGAUCCGAGAUACUUCGAGUAGUUCUACUACUCGUCUUGAAGAUAGUGAUAGUACGACUUGUGAUUGGUCUUUCUUCAUCCUUUUUCUGCUUCUUCGCUUUUUCUUUCGAUCGGCCUUCGUUUUUUGAUUAUUUAUGACAAAAGGAUAAGCCAAUGCCAAACCACGGAAGCCGCUAAAAUAUGCUCCGCCAGGGCGGCCCUUCGCAGCACCCGUCGCCGUCGCGUCCGUCCAGCGGGGUCGAAGUUGUCACCUUUACACCGCCAGGUGGGAUGGAUUACUCGACAAUGGAGCAGUUCCGGAUUCGUAUCGAGCCUCACCAAAUAUUAAGGCUGUGCGUCGUAAUUCAUCUUCGACGGCAUCCUUGAAACGUUUGUGGGGAAUUCUCCCAGGGAAAUAGUUCUAGGAGCUGAGCGAUGAAGUGCGGAGAGCUCUAAAAAUAAAAAGCGAUGAGUUACGGCACUUGAACGUCGUACGUGCGUGAUCUAAUAGAUCAUAUUCACUUUUGGCAUAUCUUGAUCAUGAAGACAUCUAGAAACCCUUCUGUAUUUAAGAGUUAAGACACUUAUGCUGAUUAAUAAUCAUGAGCAUCUUUCACUUUCUUAAUCUUCAGAUGAAGCUACUCUUGACUUAACCACUUUUCUAUAGUCAUGCUUUUGCCGCGGUUGUAGCUAGUGCUUGAGUGCAGUUCGGGUAAAAAUGUGACUAGAUUACUAGCCUCCUGGAGUGGUUCUCCAGGGGAAGGAGCCGAAGGGAACGCGAGGCAUGCGCUAGACGCGAAACGUAAAAGAGACACAGCGGAGGAGGAAAAGAAAGAAGAGGAACAGCAAGGAGCUGCAAGGGGGGACAGAAUUCAUGCCCUAACUUUCACAAUGCAUGCCCUAACGUGCAAAAUUAAUGCCCUAACCAUCAAAGUGCAUGGCCUAACUUUCAAAGUUAGCGCCCAGCCUUCGGCGUGCAUGUUUUAGCUUGCUUUCAAAAGUCACGCCCUAACUUAAACUUUCGCAGUGGAUGUCCUAACCUUCACAGCUUAGCUAUGCUAUGUCCUAACUUUCACAAUUCACGCGCUACAUUUCAAAGCUGACGCCCUCACUUUCAAAAUUCAUGCCCUCACUUUCAGAAUUCAUGCUCAAACUUUCGGGGUUCAUGUCUCAACUUUCAGAAUUUACGCCCUCCCUUUCAGAGUUCGCGCCUUAACUUUCAAAAUUCACGCCGAAGGCUUUAGGAUUUAUGUCCUCACUUUCAGAAUCUAUGUCCUAACUUUCUUGGAGACCGCCGCGACGGUGUGAAAGACGUGCGCGAAAUCUUCGGGAAAAGUUGCCCGGGCUGGUCUUCGUUGUCUUUUUGCUUGAAAGGCCAAGCCAGGCGCUGAAGCGCCUGGCGCUGCUUUUCGGUUCUUUUGUGUCUCGUCGUUUGUGGCAGCCUCGGCGCCGGUUUGUUGUGGACCGCUCGCAUGCCGCUGGCACCGGCGCCGCCCCGGGUGCAGGCGUGGCGCGCUUGUGUGAGCCCCCUGAAGCGUGCGGCGCCGGGAAGGAGGACAGGGGAACGCAGGCGGGGGAGCGGUGUCGCCGUAAGCCGUCGGCGGCCAUCUUUCCACGCUUGAACACCUCCAGCGGCUUCCAGUCUCUUCUGAUUCUGUCACUUUAGAAAAAAAAAAAUCUUGGCGAAAAGUUCGCGAAAUAAUCCCUGGAGAGAAGGGCCUGGCGGAAUCUUUCUGAAAAGAUGAGCGCAUGGCGCUCCAACAUGGUCAAGACUUGGAAACUUUCUGCAAGCAUUUCGCGGAGUAAGAUCCUGGCGCUUUUGUCUUCAGUUCUGUGCUUUUUUGAUGGAGGCACGAAAAUGGACUGCCGGGAACAAAAUCGCGACAAUUUGCAGCGGGAGCGCAUAAGGCUCCGCGCCUUCCGUGUCUGCUUUUUGUGGUCUUUCUGUGUCUCUCUCCAACGCUGUGCAAGCAGCCUUCUCGGCCGUGCAUUUGUUUGGAAAUUUGUCGGGCGGUUGUGUCGCAGGCUGGCUCGUUGGAUUGUGGUGCUCUCAGUGCAGUGGCUGGGCUGGUCGUGUGUUGGUCUUGUCGGCUCUGCUUUCAGAGGCUUAGGCUUAGCAGGCGCCGCCUGAAGUGGACAGGCGCGGAGGCGGCGCGCGUGAGCCCCGGCAACUCUUCGCCAAGAUUCUCCGCCGCCGGCAGUCUUCGGGCGCGGCGGUCUCCAAACUUUCAAAAUUCGCGUCGAUGUCUUAGCGUUCAAAAUCACUGAUGUCCUAACUUUCGCAAUUUAUGUCCAAACUUUUACAAUUCAUGGCCUUUCUUUCACAACUUGGGCGGGGGGCCCAAACUAACUUUCAAAAUGUGUGCCCUUGCUUUCAACGUUAAUGCCUUAACGUUGGUCCACAAUUUAUGUCUGUAUUUUCAAAAUUUGCGUGCUAGCUUUCAAAGUCCACGCCCUCGAUUUCGCGACCCAUGUCUUCGCUUGUUUUAAAAUUCAUGCCUUACCCCUACCCCUAACUUUCAAAGUUCACGCCCUAACUUUCAAAAUUCAUUUCUUAACUUUCCUCCGCCCUUGGUGGGAAGGGAGACCUAAGAACCCCUGGGGGGCGCCACCUCUGUGUGGACUAAAACUGGCGCGAAUUUCCGCCCCUGGUGGGACGGUGAAUCUGCUUGCGCCCCCCAGGUGGGACGCCUCUGCAAGAAGAACCGCCUGCGCGCUUCUUUUUGCCUUUGCUUGCGUGUUUUAGCGCGCUCAUCGAUCUAGACGAGAAAGCGCGAGGCCCUUACCGUCUUCCCUGGGAAAUACUUGGGAAGCCCUCUGCGUGAGGUUUCUGGCCGCUUUCCUCCGAUGAUGCACAAGAACGAACACGGAGAGAGACGGCCAGCCCAGGGCGCCCUCCUCCAUUGUGUGCCAGGGCUCUCGCACUCUUGCUGAGGUGAGUGACCCGCCAAGGGCGCAGCAGGAGCAGGGGCGCGGUGGUGAUGGUUUCGGUGCUCCGUGUGUUCUAAGUGUCCAUGGUGAGGAGAGGCCCACAGCCCCGGCAGGUUGGUGCCGCCUCGGUGUUUUCCAUGAGGGCAAGGGGGUCGGUGGGUUGCAGGUGCGACGCCUUGCGUGGCUUUGUUGGUUGCUUGUGUUGCUUGGUUGUUGGAUGUUUGUCGGACAGUCUACAUGGCCCAGGUGUGUAGCCUGGUCGCUCACCUCGCCCUCGUAGGGAUGAGGUGGCCUCCUGCCCUCUGCCUCUGUUCUUGCCAUCUCCACGCACGGUACAGCCACCGAGGUUGGUAGCUUCAUUCCCUCUGGGCUCCGGUCGCUCGGCUCCGGCAGCCGUGUUGAGGAGGCCAAGGCGGUGCGGUCACUGUUGUUGCUGGACGACACAGCUGAACACCUGCCGCCGGCUCCUUGUUUGGGUUUUCUUUUCUUUCGCUCUCUGGAUCUGGAACACGCGCGCGCGUGACGGCAUGGCCCCUACCCGGCCACAAGUGUCCCUGGAGAUUCUACACGCGCGUCUUGACUUGCCGCAACCGCAUCGCGUGAGCCUUGUGCGUUCAUUCUAGCAGGCCGCUUGCUUUGCCGCACACUAGUAAAUAAGGCCCACCGCGCUGCCGAACUCCUUCUAUACAUACAUACAUACAUACAUACAUACAUUUCCUAACUUUCAGCCCCCUUCGCGUCUUGUUUAAAUUUCUUGUUUAAAUUUCAAAACCCAAGCCCUAGCUUUCACAGCUCAUCUCCGAACCUUCAAAGCCCAUCGCCUAACUUUCAAAAUUCAUCCAUGGCCUAACUUCCCCGGUUUAUGUCCCGACUUUCGCAAUUUAUUCACUUCCUAACUUUCAAAAUUUAGCCACGUCUUACCUUUCGGGGUUUUUGCUGGAAAGCUUUAUCUCGUGUGCCUUCGCACUUCCUCCGCUGUUUCAAGAUUUAACUUUAAAAUCAAAACACAAAGUAAAUGUAAAAACAAAAUUCGAAAUUAAAUAAGAAAUAGAAAAUUCAAAAUUAAACAAGAAAAAUCAAAAAGAAAAACGAAAAUCAAAAAAAAAAAAAUCAAAAUCAACAACCAAAAUCAAACUAUCAAAAAAGAAAAAUCAAAAAAGAAAACUGAGGCAAAACUUGAUAAGUAAAUGAGUAGAUUCUUGAGCAGUAGUUUUAUUAAGGCAGAGAUUAGGGCUUAAGUCGGGCUUCUUAGGGUUUAGGCCAUGUAGGAGAUUAAGUGCUACACUUUUUGAAGUAGGUUCUGACUGUGAGUGUGAGUGCAGGCUCGAUGAUACAACUCAAGGCUUGAAAAUAUGGCCACGGCGUCUAACAAUGACGCACACAAGUGUUGAAUACCUUGUCUCCGUUAAACAAGAUGGGCAGCAUAAGAUCGUGUGGAAAGGUCGGGCGAGCGCGUUUUUACAACCCGUCAUGCUUAUGGACAAGAGCAGGCGUCUCUCACGUGUAUUUUUCUCCCAUCUUCUUUCAAGAUCCUCAUUCUAAAAAAUACAGCUCGCUUAUAAUUCCCUCCAUUAACCACUACUCUUUUUUUUUUCUCAGUUCCACCACUCUAUUAACAACCACAUAUUUUCCUAAUAUGAAUAUCAAUAUAUAGUGAUGAUCUUGAUUAUUUCAUUAUUAUCGUAGAAAAUGGCUAACCUAUAGUUGAACUUGAAUUACGACAGGGACACACACUACGCGACAUAAGCCCCGCCCCUUCAAAAAGAAGCAGAGAUUUUCCCAAUUACUUCUUUGUAAUCACCGCGACCAUUGGUCGUCGUUUGCCAAGAUGAAAGAGGAUCAAGUUAAGGCCGAUGGUAAAACUUCAUCAACUGAUAAAGCUACGCUUUGUUUAUAGAAAACUCCGUGAACGUGAAGUUCUGGCACAACUAAUUCAUCAGUGAUUGAUAAUUUCUGCCUCCUGAAUCAAUGUAAAUCUUGGACUCCAUCUCCAAAGAACAACACGAGGACAGAUGAACUUUUGCGAGCUGCUCUAAGAAGGAAGAAGUACUACCAGGGAGGAGAAAAUCCCAGUCGUCCUUUCAUUUAACGCCCGCGGGAAGACCCGACUUAAGGCUCACAGUAAUUCACGUUCACAGAACAGCUUGAUGCUUCUUCUCCUCCUCUCCGAGAUACUUCUUGACGAUCGUAAUUCAAUUUGUGGCUUAUUAAAUACCUCAUGACUCACUUUCUUCCAGCACAGAGCAGUUCCUCGCUUCUCUGCUGGACGAAGAAAAGGCGAUGAACUAAUCGGAUAGAAGAGGGGAGCUGAGACGGAAAGCCCUCUAAAAGAUGAAGCACCACACUUUCGUCGGCCAAUUCAGCCUGAAUCGUAUGGAAAAAAGUAGUGUACUCAUACACAGACUCGCGAAAAAAUAAUUGGGCAGCCAGGUUCCUACUAUAUUAUAGCUUCUGGCUAAUUUCUUGCGUUGUUGUAUAAUGAGUACGCUUUUCCGUUUCAUAGAUUGGGAAGGGACUAUAUGUGGCGUCCAUCCGGUUGUAUCACAGACUGGACCCAAACCUUUCCCGGUCUGCUAGAGGAUAUCGUGGGGCUCUUGGAGCUUCUUCUAGUUUGCGGCAAACAUUCGCAUCAUCAUCAGAGCUUCUUCCAGUAUUAGAAACAGAGGAGCUGAGUAUGAAACUCAAGACAAAAAAGCUCGACAAGAUAAGGAUGAUGUUGAUGAGCUAGUACUUAAUAUGUUUUACGGAAGAGCAAGUGCAAGAUGAUAGAUACAAGUUCUUGUUGUCAACAAGAAAUAGCGAAGUUCUCUGUGGGAUUACGAACGAGAGAUCUCAAGAACCAGCGACCACAUGGAGCACGCUUUAGGUCUAUGGAUUUGGGAAUU